GUAUUAUUUGAAAACGUGGGCUCUGUGGCGGGCAGUACGAGCAGGAAGUAUAAGAAAGCGCGUAGCAAGAGGAAGCUUAGUCAGUCAGCCAGCUAGCUAGCGAAAAACGUUCGUUUACGGUUCUGUGAAGACUUCUACUCUAGUUCAGGCACGAUGGGAGACGAGGACAUUGCUGCACUUGUCGUUGACAAUGGAUCUGGUAUGUGCAAAGCUGGUUUUGCUGGAGAUGAUGCCCCUCGAGCUGUGUUCCCUUCUAUUGUUGGUCGCCCAAGACAUCAGGGAGUUAUGGUUGGUAUGGGACAGAAAGACAGCUAUGUAGGUGAUGAAGCCCAGAGCAAAAGGGGCAUCCUGACCUUGAAGUACCCUAUUGAGCAUGGUAUUGUCACUAACUGGGAUGACAUGGAGAAAAUUUGGCAUCACACCUUCUACAAUGAGCUUCGUGUUGCCCCUGAAGAGCAUCCUGUCCUGCUUACAGAGGCCCCCCUGAACCCUAAGGCUAACAGAGAAAAAAUGACACAGAUCAUGUUUGAAACAUUCAACAGUCCAGCUAUGUAUGUUGCUAUUCAAGCAGUGUUGUCCCUGUAUGCCUCUGGCCGUACUACAGGUAUUGUUAUGGAUUCAGGUGAUGGUGUGUCUCACACUGUGCCCAUCUAUGAGGGUUAUGCAUUGCCACAUGCUAUCCUGCGUCUAGAUUUGGCUGGCCGUGACCUGACAGACUAUCUCAUGAAGAUCUUGACAGAAAGGGGUUACAGCUUCACCACAACUGCAGAAAGAGAAAUUGUGCGAGAUAUCAAAGAAAAGCUGUGUUAUGUUGCUCUUGACUUUGAGCAGGAGAUGGCUACUGCUGCCUCAUCUUCAUCACUGGAGAAGAGUUACGAACUGCCUGAUGGCCAAGUGAUCACCAUUGGAAACGAGCGAUUCAGGUGUCCAGAGGCAAUGCUCCAGCCAUCCUUCUUGGGUAUGGAAUCUUGUGGAAUUCAUGAGACUACCUACAAUUCGAUCAUGAAGUGCGAUGUUGAUAUCCGUAAGGAUCUUUAUGCCAACACUGUAUUAUCUGGAGGCACCACCAUGUACCCUGGCAUAGCUGACCGAAUGCAGAAAGAAAUAACUGCUCUUGCACCAAGUACAAUGAAGAUUAAGAUCAUUGCACCUCCUGAGCGCAAGUACUCUGUGUGGAUUGGUGGUUCUAUCCUGGCAUCUCUGUCCACUUUCCAGCAGAUGUGGAUCAGCAAGCAGGAAUAUGAUGAGUCUGGCCCAUCAAUUGUUCACCGUAAAUGUUUCUAAUGUUAAAUUGGACUAAGUUGCUCCCUCGUUCAGUUUACUGUGCACACAAGCCAAAACUGGAAGAAACUUUCUCUGAAAAGGUUUUCAGAAGCUGGUACAGCAGGACUGUGAAUGUGUCGUUUUGUAGAAAAGUCUGCAAAACCUAAGACUGUUACUUUAAUGAUGCUGAGCAGUGUUGGAAAUCUCUCUAGUUUGCUGUAAAACUGGUCUAGGUUUUCUUGCAUUUCCUUUGUAAGGAGUAAAGGUUCAAAUGGAUUGUUUUCAUUGUAGGUCAGUAUUUGGUGCUACACCACCUUAACUGUGGGUAGAACAAAGAUCCACUCGCUUAUACACAAUGUAAGCACUAAUAGUUGGUAAAGGAACUAACAUUGGUUAAAAUGUCUUCUAAAAACAUAACAUGGAGCCCUUGUUAAGCUGAUGUACACAUGGUCCUUUCCUAAAUAUGACAAGCAUCUUGCUCUCCAUAUUUCUCCAUAUUGCCUUUAUGCUCUCUUGGGAACCACCAAGUAAGGCUUUAUGUAGAAAGUGCAGGUCUUGGCACUUUGAAUUUAUGAAAUCUUAGUACAAAUUGCUUUGUGUAUAUAUUGUAAUAAAGUAGCAGUCUUACA